UCCGGCAACUUUUGAGACGAAAUUAUCCCGUUUGCCCCAAUUCGGUGCUAGGAACCCCGACACGAUGGCGUCCAUCUUGCGAUCUUUUGUCUCGACGGUCGCCAAGAGUGGCGUACUGACCGCAAACGGAUUGUCUCGAACUACCCCUGCGGUAUUGAUGCGCUACAAGUCUAACGAAGCAGCUGUGGAAUCGCGACCAACCGUUCGUAAACCUGAUGCCGCUGCUCGAUCGGAGCUUUCGGAUUUCGGUAAAUACGUAGCGGAAUGCUUGCCGAAAUACGUGCAGAAAGUGCAGCUGACAUCGGGCGACGAGCUGGAGGUGCUGAUAGCGCCAGAAGGUGUUGUUCCCGUGUUGCAAUUCCUCAAGGAUCACCACAACGCCCAGUUCGCAAAUCUGGUGGACAUUGCCGGCAUGGACGUACCGUCGCGUCAGUAUCGUUUCGAAAUCAUCUAUAACAUUCUUUCGCUGCGCUACAAUUCACGCAUCCGUGUCAAGACCUACACCGACGAGCUCACGCCAAUUGAUUCAUGUAACGAGGUGUUUAAAGCAGCGAACUGGUACGAACGAGAGAUCUGGGACAUGUACGGUGUGUUCUUCGCUAACCAUCCGGAUUUGCGACGCAUUUUGACUGAUUAUGGCUUCGAGGGGCACCCGCAGCGUCGCGAUUUCCCUCUGAGCGGCUACGUCGAGCUGCGCUAUGACGAUGAAAAGAAACGUGUUGUGUGUGAACCGCUCGAGCUGGCCCAGGAGUUCCGCAAGUUUGAUCUGUCGGCGCCAUGGGAACAAUUCCCUAACUUCCGCAACGCCAACCCGGCCACGGAGGAAAUCGCAACGAAGCCAGCAGAAAAGUAAACUACCUAACGCGGGGAUGGAGCAAUUGCGAGAUUGUUUUUCGUUCAUAGGAUGAAAUAAAACCGAAAGCUAUUAUAACAUAAAAAAAA